CACAACACCACGAGGCUUACUCCGAGUCCAGCACUCCGCCGCGUACUUACGGACGUAUAUGCUAUUCAUACAUACCAGCGCAGCAGCCUUCGCGCCCUUGAUUUUGUAUAAAGACACUGAGGAUGGCGACUCUACACUUGACCCACACAGCCAGAGCACUCGAUCACCAUCCCAUCGCAUCAGAUUUCAUCAAAUAAACACAUCAUCCCUUUUCCUCUAUCAACCUUCAAUAUGUCUACCACCAUCCGCAAAGUCCUCAUCCCGUCCUUUGGCGACGCAUCCCAUGUCACCAUUGUUAACGCCGAAAUCCAGCCGCCAGCUGCGAAUCAAGUCCAGGUCAAAGUCCUGUACGCUGGCAUGAGCGGCGCCGACCAGGCCAUGCGAAUGGGAUACUACCCCAUGCAGAAGAAAGCCCCAUUGACGCCUGGCUACUGCCUCGUUGGACGCGUCCAUCGCAACGGCUCCUCUUCCACCAAGUUCCAGAAGGGCGAUCUCGUCGUCUGCCUGUCCAUCUACGAUGCGCAGGCCGAGCUUGUCAAUCUCCCCGAGAAAUACCUCAUUUCCGUACCCAAAGGCGUGGACUUGCAGCAAGCGACUGCGAUGAUCUUGGACUGGAACACCGCCUACGGCAUGGUCUACCGCAGCGCCAAGGUCUCCAAGGGCCAGCGCGUCUUCAUCCACGGUCUCAGCGGCGCGGUCGGCUACGCGCUCCUCACGCUCUGCAAACUCGAGGGCGCAGAGGUCUACGGCACCGCCUCGCUAUCCAAACAUGCCGAGCUGCGCGAAGUCGGCGCAACCCCCUUCGUCUACACAGACAAGAACUGGGUCAUGGGCAUGAACACCAUAGGCGGCGCGCACGUCGUCUUCGACCCCCUCGGCUACGAAUCAUGGGACGAGAGCUGGCGCAUCCUGGCGCGGGAGGGCGGCCACCUUAUCGGCUACGGUGGCAACCUGCACAUGCUGAACGGAGGGGAGGCUCGCAGUCAGAUUCCGUCUAUCACCAAGUUGCUUGCGAGGAAUAUGGUUCCGUUUUGCCCGCAGAAGACGAGCUUCUACUACAUCUCAAGGGACCAGAGCACAUUCGAACCGGAGCUGAAGGCGCUGUUUGAUAUGGUCCUUCAGGGGAAGAUCAAGGCGCCGAUUAGGAAGGAGUGGACCAUGGACGAGGUGCCUGAGGCGCAUCGCACGUGGACUCAGAGUGGCGGCAUUGGCUCGGUGGUUGUGAAGAUUGCGGAUGAUGUGGAAGCGUAAAUGUGACGAUGUCUGGACGCGCCACUGGUUUCUCUUUUGGUGUUGGGUCGCGGCGUCUUUGCAGCAGUCUACAUUAUUCAGCUAUCUCUAGUCACCAUCCUACAAUAUCCAAGCCUUCAUUUUCCAGCUCAUUCAUCACGGCCGUGAAGCGGUGCGAC